AUGUCAACUCCUCCUGUCACUCCUCGCAAGAGACGCCGUCGUGGUAGUGAUCACCUUGCCUCUACUUGGACUGUUCCUGCCACUCCAUCUCGUCCACCUAAAAUUGAUCAUCACCCAAAGGCUACCCUUCUCAACAACCACCGGUAUAAGGGAAAGAUCAUUUCCUUCCAGGGUUCCCGCCCAAACGGCUCUGAAACCGGCUUCACCGUGCCCAAUCCUGGAUCCAAUCCACCCUCCCUGGACUAUUUACACAACCCUUUCAUCUCCAAUGAUGUUUUUGACAAUGACACCUUCCCUACUGACGCGCCCAACACCACAGAACUCCCCGUUAUGAAGGAUGGACAAGCGUAUGAGGACCUUCUAAAAGAGCUCAAGGAUAUGGCUGUAGAACAGACGAUGCCAUCGUGA